AUGUAUCUAUCUAUCUGUAUCAUUUCUUUUCUACCUAGCUGCGUACAUCUAUCUAUCUAUCUGUUCGUAUCAUUUGUUUUAUCUAUCUAUCUAUCUAUCUAUCUAUCUAUCUAUCUAUCUAUCUAUCUAUCUAUCUAUCUGUUCGUAUCAUUUGUUUUCUGUGUCUAUCUAUCUAUCUAUCUAUCUGUUCGUAUCAUUUAUUUAUCUAUCUAUCUAUCUAUCUGUUCUAUCUAUUUAUUAUCUAUCUAUCUAUCUAUCUAUCUAUCUGUUCGUAUCAUUUGUUUUCUGUGUCUAUCUAUCUAUCUAUCUAUCUAUCUAUCUAUCUAUCUAUCUGUUAUCUUUUCUGUAUCAUUUGUUUUCUGUAUCUAUCUAUCUAUCUAUCUAUCUAUCUAUCUAUCUAUCUAUCUAUCUAUCUGUUCGUAUCAUUUGUUUUCUGUGUCUAUCUAUCUAUCUAUCUAUCUAUCUAUCUAUCUAUCUAUCUGUUCGUAUCAUUUGUUUUCUGUGUCUAUCUAUCUAUCUAUAUCUAUCUAUCUAUCUAUCUGUUCGUAUCAUUUUGUUUUCUGUGUCUAUCUAUCUAUCUAUCUAUCUAUCUAUCUAUCUAUCUAUCUAUCUAUCUAUCUAUCAUUUCUUUUCUGUAUCAUUUAUUUUCCAUUCUAUCUAUCUAUCUAUCUAUCUAUCUAUCUAUCUAUCUAUCUAUCUUUUUUAUUCCGCCUGUCUCUCUGUUAUAUGUAUCUAACUAUCUGUAUCAUUUCUUUUCUACCUACCUACCUACCUACCUACAUAUCUAUCUAUCUAUCUAUCGGUCUAUCUAUCUAUCUCUUCGUAUCAUUUCUUUCCUGUACCUACCUACCUAACUACCUAGAUAGAUAG